CAUCGAGCCUUGACCCAGACUGAUAGCGAAGCCCCAUCCGGCGCCACUCCUCGGCGGUCGGCGUGACUUGCUUGACUCAGCGGCCGAGGAAGUGGGAACCCGAGUGAGUGCGACACAACGGCGCCCAGAUUGCAGCCUGCGGUCGAAUUAAUAGGGCCGCGGAGGACACCGACCGGAAGCCGGGAAGCUGCCAGAUUAUUGCCCGCUUCCCGUCCCUCAAGAUCGCAGUCGAGUCCAAGCGCCGCCCAAGCAGCGGCUCGCGCAGGCGUCGCGCCGCACUUCUGCGACCUGUGUCGACACGGUCUGACGCGACCGCAAAGACUGCGACACCAGAGCAGUUCCGCACUUCCGCCGGUACCGCAUUGGGACAACAGCUGCAAUGAGGUCACGGCCUGACAAGCUGUCAAUCGCCGCCAGCACUCCGGGACCACCGGUUCGUGCUCAAGACUAACCGCUUGUCUUCGUCGUGUUGUGCCCGAAACAAACUGUUCUCUCCAUUUGUAGACGUCUUCUACGCAGGAGGGCAUGUCCGAGAUGUUUUACCUGAAGGACUGACCAACAAACGUUUUCAGCACUACCUCUCUUGUGGCCCCCGAUCCACCGUCCGCCUUCUGCUUGUGCGUAGUGUGUAAUUUAUGUCACCCUGCUGCAGUAUUGUCGAGGGCCCAAUUAGAAUGGCCACGAAAUACGGGAGCACCUGAAUGUGAUACAAGAAAACAGAGCCAAGAAACCCUAACGUUUCGGCUUUUUUUUUUUUGUUCGCGCUUUCUUUAGUUCGCCUCGGUUGAUUGAACUGGACAAACUCAGGGUAGCUUGUUCCGUUUGUCACUCUCUGUGCUGUGAGAAUCACUGCACAAUUAGAUAACAGCUAUUUCCUAAAAUAUGUUCUUCUAUAUGUGCUGAGCAUCAAGAAGUGGUUUUUGCGGCUGAUCCUGUGUGAAACACGUCCAGUAACUCUUUGAGCAGGUGAUAGCUUCCGAUACACGUCAGAGCGCCGCUAGCUCGCACGCACGUAUAGAAGACCUCCAAACCCGGCAUGCCCUAGACCAUGGAUCUGUACCUCAACGACAGUGUCUUCGGCAGCAAUGGCACGGGAGCCGAAGGUGUCUCUCUUGUCAACCUCAGCUCAGAAGACAUCAUGACAGAGAACAUGUACAUUCUGCCGUGGUGGGGCCAGGCAGCCUGGACUUUGCUGUUCGGGAGCAUGGUUCUCGUGGCCACAGGCGGCAACCUGAUCGUUAUCUGGAUAGUGCUGGCACACAAACGCAUGCGAACGGUCACAAACUACUUCAUUGUCAAUUUGAGCUUAGCGGACACGAUGGUGUCAACGUUGAACGUCAUUUUCAACUUUAUUUACAUGCUAAACGGGGACUGGCCUUUCGGAACAGCUUAUUGCAAGGUCUCCAACUUCAUUGCCAUCGUGUCUGUGGCAGCCAGCGUGUUCACCCUAAUGGCCAUCUGCAUUGACAGGUACAUGGCGAUCAUGCGUCCACUGCGGCCUCGGAUGUCCAGGGCGACGACGCUGAACAUCGCCAUCUGGAUUUGGGUGGCAAGCAGCCUUCUCUCGCUGCCAAACAUACUCUACUCGACCACCAAGGCAGAGAUAUUUGCCAACGGCGACUCUCGUAUCAUAUGCUACAUCUUCUGGCCUGACGGGGACACGACCGAGAGCCACGACGAAUACGUGUACAACGUUGUGAUCCUGAUUGUGACCUACAUGAUACCGGUGACAUCGAUGGCCUUCACCUACUUCCGCGUCGGCCGUGAGCUGUGGGGAAGCCAAAGCAUUGGCGAGUGCACAGCCAAGCAGAUCGAAGCCAUCAAGUCGAAGAGAAAGAUUGUGAAGAUGAUGAUCGUGGUUGUGGUAAUCUUCGCCGUGUGCUGGCUACCAUACCACGUGUACUUCCUGGCCACCCACCACCACCCGGAGAUCACUCAGUCCGAGUAUAUUCAACACGUCUACCUGGCCAUCUACUGGCUCGCCAUGUCCAACUCUAUGUACAACCCGAUCAUCUACUGCUGGAUGAACAGCAGGUUCCGCGAGGGCUUCAAGCGUGUCUUCUGCUGCCUGGCCUUCAGCGACCGGGAAACUGCGCAGCUGCGCCAGCACAUGGCGGCCACGCGCUACUCGUGCUCAGAGCCGUACGCCGACACUCGGGUCACGUUCAACGGGACCGCCACGGCCGUCCCGCUGCACACGCUCACGGAGACCAUGAGCGCAGGGAACCUGACCGCCGGCGGCCCGGCAAAGUUCAGGGGCUGCGGCUCGGACGUGUGACGAAUGCUGCCGCCGGCCCGGUCGGCCCGGCUCGUCGCGCACGCCACUGCGGCGGCGCACGACCUCUGAGUCCGCGGCGAGCGGCUUCUUGGCUGAACGAUGCUCGGGCGCGCACAAUGGGCCCUUACCGCGCGUCGAUCAGAAGCCAGCCAGCAUGCCACUGCGGGUUUGCGCUUACACUGGAUGCGCCGCGCAUCUGUCCGGUUGUCCCCUCGGCCCUUUCUUUUAUUUCGUCUUCUAGCUUACAUCAUGGCCACUUUCAUCACCCCCACUCUAUUUUACUCUCACGGGUGUGAUUCGAGGAAAAUAUUGCCGACGACAAGAAAGAACAUUCUUGCUGACCAAAUGAGGCAGUACGUAAACUCGGGUUUCGAUCGCGCAGGUUGCAGGGACGAGGACGUUCGAAAAUAAGAGGCG